UUAGAUCCACCUCCACUACCAUUUAAGGUUCAUCCACUGGACAGUAACACAUCAUACGUGUUUAGAAUGAAUGCAAUAAAUGAAGAAGGAUCUAGUGGGUUUACGGAACCAUCCGGUAUAGGAACUACAUGGACCUUACCAAGCAGUAAAGAAAUCAAUCCUACUUUUAUAAAGGAUGGAAACAACAUAAUUGUUACAUUUAACAAUUUUCCAAGAAAUUGCACGAGUGUCACCAUAUAUUGCUGCGAAGCUGAGGCAGCAACUAGCUGUAUUACAAGAAAUGUUACUAACCUUGGAGAAACACCUAAAGAAGUAAUAAUAUCAAUAGAAGAGAACAAAAAAUACACAGUGUCCUUUCACUAUUAUCAGCGAGAUGAUAUCAUAUAUCGGUCUCAACACCAUAUUGCAGAACAAAGUAACUAUACGCUUUGUAUACAAUUGUUUUUCAGAUGUGUAUUAAUAAGACGCCUUCGCUUAAUUUA